AUGGCUGCUGUCACAAAAAGCGGUCUCGACAAAAACAACAAAUACGAUCGUCAGUUGAGAUUAUGGGGUGAUCAUGGUCAGUCUGCUCUAGAAUCAUCUAGGGUGUGUUUAAUCAAUGCUACAGCUACUGGAACUGAAAUACUGAAAAAUCUUAUUCUACCAGGUAUUGGAUCAUUUACUAUAGUAGAUGAUAAGAAAGUUGAAGGAGAUGAUGUAGGGAACAAUUUCUUUCUAUUGCGAGACAGUAUUGGAACUCCACGUGGUAAGAUAGCCUGUGAAUUACUAUCAGAAUUAAAUGAAGAUGUAGUAGGAGAUUUUGUGGAGGAGUCAACCUCCAACCUGAUAGAGAAUAACCCAUCCUUUUUCACUUCAUUUUCCAUUGUCAUAGCAACCAAUAUGGAUGAAAAAAAUUUAUUAAAACUAGGAGAGUUACUAUAUAAAUAUAAUGUACCAUUGUUAGUAUGUCGUUGUUAUGGUUUUAUUGGUUAUAUCAGACUUGUACUUAAAGAACAUACAGUGAUAGAGUCUCAUCCAGAUAAUACACUAGAAGAUCUACGACUAGACAGACCUAUUCCUGCCUUCCAACAAUUCUGUGAUUCACUAGAUUUGUGUACCAUGACUAAAAAGGAUCAUUCUCACACCCCCUGGUUAGUUAUUGUAUAUAAAUAUUUACAACAAUGGAAAAAUACACAUAAUGGUGCAGCACCUAUUAAUUAUAAAGAAAAGACCCAGUUAAAAGAAUUAAUCAAAACAGGUAUUCUGAGAAAUGAAGAAGGAGUACCAGAUCAAGAAGAGAAUUUUGAUGAAGCUGUAAAACAUGUGAAUACUGCACUAGCUCCCACUAAGGUACCAUCUGAAAUCCUGAAAUUAUUUGACGAUCCAGAAUGUUUGAAUUUGACACCACAGAGUAAAGCGUUCUGGAUCAUGAUUAGAGCUGUUAAACAAUUUGUUGAGACAGAUGGACAAGGAGCUCUACCAUUACGAGGUACCAUACCUGAUAUGACUGCUGAUUCUGAGAGAUAUAUUAAAUUACAGAAUAUUUAUCGGCAUCAGGCUAACCAGGAUUGUCAGAGUGUAUCAAACAGCGUUCAGAGAUUGGUUGAGGAACAAUGCCAGAAUCCUGAGAACAUAUCAGAAAAAGAUAUCCAUACAUUUUGUCGUAAUUCAGCGUUUUUACGAGUAAUAAGAUGUCGUAGUUUAGAAGAAGAAUAUAACCCACAAACAGCAAAUACACCACUUUUAGGUCAACAUCUUGAAGAUGAAGAAGAAAGUGAUAUAAUAUUUUAUGUUUUAUUAAGAGCUGUAGAUAAAUUCUAUGAGAAGUUCAACCAUUAUCCUGGUUUCUAUACACAGCAAUUAGAAUCAGAUGUUCAAGAAUUGAAGGUCUGUCUGAGUAAAUUAAUACAAGAAUGGUCGUUACCACCAGUUAGUAAAGAUGACUAUGUACAGGAAAUGUGUCGAUAUGGUGCCAGUGAACUACAUACAAUAGCAGCGUUUAUUGGUGGUAUAGCAGCCCAGGAGGCUAUCAAAAUAAUGACAGGACAGUUUUUACCCAUUGAUAAUACCUAUAUAUAUAACGCUAUGAAACAAACUUCUAUCACUGUAGAAUUAUAGUACUCUCUUUAUUUAAUAAUAAAUAUUCUCUGUCUUUCCUUUGUUGUAUAACAAUCAUCAAUUAAAGUGCACGUCUGUUAACUUCAAAAUAUCAAGAACUG